AUGAUUGUAGGCGUCAUUGAUUGCCUGUCAUCUCCAUGCGGAAAUAACGCAACAUGUAAUAAUACAGAAGGAUCGUUUAACUGUUUCUGUAAACAAGGUUUCGUAGGGGAUGGAUUCAAUUGUUCAGGUAAGAUUGUGCUAGCCCUAUUCUAAGUUUCAAUCCAAUUAGCCUUCCUGAAUUAAAAACCUCACAUCAUUUAGAUUAGUUUCUGUGUAGACUCACUCUUCCUCAGUUAAGAAGUUACAUUUUCAAGUAAGUUUUUAUAUUAGGACAUCAGAUCACCCUGAUAUACAAACAUAGCGAUAUAAAUUCUUCAGAGAUGUCCUACCGACUUCUCAGUUUAUUUUAAUAAAUUUAAACGAUCUUCAGAAAUUUUAUAAAAUUAUAUAAAUUUUUCAGAAAUGUUUCACCGAUUUCUCAGUUUAAUUAAAUAAUUAAUUAAUUAACGAUUAAUUAACAAUAAUGUGCUCCUGAUUUAUUCACUGACUCUAACGAUUGUAGACGUCAUUGAUUGUCUAUGAUAUCCAUGCGGAAAUAACACAACAUGUAAUAAAAAAGCAUCAUUUAACUGUUCAGGUAAUUAGAUUGUGCUAGCCUUUUUUAUAGUUGCAUUCCAAUCAGUCUUCCUAAAUUAUUUAAAAAAAAACAUCCAAUUGGUUAGUUUCCUUGUAGAAUCAGCCUUCCCAUUUAAGAGUUAGGUUCUUUGGAUAAUUUCGAUAUUAGGAAACCAGAUCGCCCUAAUUUACAAAAAUAGCGGCAUAAAAUCAUACGAAAUAUCUUACCGACUUUUCAGUUUAAUUCAAUUAAUUAUAAAAUCUUCAGAAAUCUUAUAAAAUCUUAAAAAAUCUACAGAAAUAUUUUAACAAUUCUCGGUUUCAGUAAAUUAUUUAAUUUAAUUAAUUUAAUUAAAGAUCUAUUAAAAAUAAUGUGCUCCUGAUUUAUUCAUGCACUGAUAUUAAUGAUUGUAGACGUCAAUGAAUGCCUGUCAUCUCCAUGCGGAAAUAACGCAACAUGUAAUAAUACAGAAGGAUCGUUUAACUGUUUCUGUAAACAAGGUUUCGUAGGGGAUGGAUUCAAUUGUUCAGGUAAGAUUGUGCUAGCCCUAUUUUAAGUUUCAAUCCAAUUGGCCUUUCCGACUUAAAAACCUCACAUCAUUUAGAUUAGUUUCUGUGUAGACUCACACUUCCUCAGUUAAGAAGUUACAUUUUCAAGUAAGUUUUUAUAUUAGGACAUCAGAUUACCCUGAUAUACAAACAUAGCCAUAUAAAAUCUUCAGAGAUGUCUUACCGACUUCUCAGUUUAUUCUAAUUAAUUGGAAAGAUCUUCAGAAAUCUUAUAAAAUCUUAUAAAUUGUCCAGAUAUGUUUCACCGACUUCUCAGUUUAAUUAAAUUAUUAAUUUAAGAUCAAUUAACAAUAAUCGGCUCCUGAUUUAUUCACCGACACUAAAGAUUGUAGACGUCAUUGAUUGUCUAUGAUAUCCAUGCGGAAAUAACACAACAUGUAAUAAAAAAGCAUCAUUUAACUGUUCAGGUAAUUAGAGUGUGCUAGCCUUUUUUAAAGUUGCAUUCCAAUCAGUCUUCCUAAAUUAUUUUAAAAAAAACAUCAAAUUGGUUAGUUUUCUUGAAGAAUCAGCCUUCCCCAUUUAAGAGUUACGUUCUUUGAAUAAUUUUUAUAUUAGGAAACCAGAUCGCCCUAAUUUACAAAAAUAGCGGCAUAAAAUCAUACGAAAUAUCUUACCGACUUUUCAGUUUAAUUCAAUUAAUUAUAAAAACCUUCAGAAAUCUUAUAAAAUCUUAAAAAAUCUACAGAAAUAUUCUAACAAUUCUCGCUUUCAGUUAAUUAUUUAAUUUAAUUAAUUUAAUUAAAGAUCUAUUAAAAAUAAUGUGCUCCUGAUUUAUUCAUGCACCGACAUUAUUGAUUGUAGACGUCAAUGAAUGCCUGUCAUCUUCAUGCGGAAAUAACGCAACAUGCAACAAUACAGAAGGAUCAUUUAACUGUUUCUGUAAACAAGGUUUCGAAGGAGAAGGAUUGAAUUGUUCAGGUAAGAUCGUGCUUGCCCAUUUAAAAUUUUCAGUCCAAUUAGUGUUCCGGAAUUAUUGAAAAAAUUACAUCAUUUUGAUCAGUUUCUGUGUAUACUCACCAAUCCUCAUUUAAGAAGCUACAUUUUCAAGUAAGUUUUUAUAUUAGGACAUCAGAUAACUCUAAUAUGCAAAUAUAGCCAUAUAAUAAAAUCUGCAGAGAUGUCUUACCGACUUCUCAGUUUAUUCUAAUUAAUUGAAAAGAUCUUCAGAAAUCUUAUAAAAUCUUAUAAAUUGUUCAAAAAUGUUUCACCGAUUUCUCAGUUUAAUUAAAUAAUUAAUUAACGAUCAAGUAACAAUAAUGUGCCCCUGAUUUAUUCACCGACACUAAACAUUGUAGACGUCAUUGAUUGUCUAUAAUAUCCAUGCGGAAAUAACACAACAUGUAAUAAAAAAGCAUCAUUUAACUGUUCAGGUAAUUAGAUUUUGCUUGCCUUUUUUAAAGUUGCAUUCCAAUCAGUCUUCCUAAAUUAUUAAAAAAAAAUAUAUCAAAUAGGUUAGUUUCCUUGUAGAAUCAGGCUUCCCAAUUUAAGAGAUAUUUGCUUUGGGUAAUUUUAAUAUUAGGAAAUCAGAUCGCCCUAAUUUUCAAAAUUAGCGGAAUAAAAUCAUACGAAAUAUCUUACCGACUUUUCAGUUUAAUUCAAUUAAUUUUAAAAUCUUCAGAAAUCUUAUAAAACUUUAAAAAUCUACAGAAAUAUUUUAACAAUUCUCGGUUUCAGUUAAUUAUUUAAUUCAAUUAAUUUUAUUAAAGAUCUAUUAAAAAUAAUGUGCUCCUGAUUUAUUCAUGCACCGAUAUUAAUGAUUGUAGAUGUCAAUGAAUGCCUGUCAUCUCCAUGCGGAAAUAACGCAACAUGUAACAAUACAGAAGGAUCAUUUAACUGUUUCUGUAAACAAGGUUUCUUAGGGGAUGGAUUGAAUUGUUCAGGUAAGAUCGUGCUUGCCCUUUUUAAUUUUUCAAUCCAAUUAGUGUUGCGGAAUUAUUGAAAAAAUCACAUCAUUUUGAUCAGUUUCUGUGUAUACUCACCCUUCCUCAUUUAAGAAGCUACAUUUUCAAGUAAGUUUUUAUAUUAGGACAUCAGAUAACACUAAUAUACAAACAUAGCCAUAUAAAAUCUUUAGAGACGUCUUACCGACUUCUCAGUUUAUUCUAAUUAAUUGAAAAGAUCUUCAGAAAUCUUAUAAAAUCUUAUAAAUUGUUCAGAAAUGUUUCACCGACUUCUCAGUUUAAUUAAAUAAUUAAUUAGCGAUCAAUUAACAGUAUUGUGCUCCUGAUUUGUUCACCGACACUAAAGAUUGUAGACGGCAUUGAUUGUCUAUAAUAUCCAUGCGGAAAUAACACAACAUGUAAUAAAAAUGCAUCAUUUAACUGCUCAGGUAAUUAGAUUGUGCUAGCCCUUUUUAAAGUUGCAUUCCAAUCAGUCUUCCUAAAUUAUUUAAAAAAAUACAUCAAAUAGGUUAGUUUCCUUGCCUUCCCCAUUUAAGAGAUACGUGCUUUGGGUAAUUUUGAUAUUAGCAAAUCAGAUUGCCCUAAUUUUCAAAAUUAGCGGCAUAAAAUCAUACGAAAUAUCUUACCGACUUUUCAGUUUAAUUCAAUUAAUUUUAAAAUCUUCGGAAAUCUUAUAAAAUCUUACAAAAUCUACAGAAAUAUUUUAACAAUUCUCGGUUUCAGUUAAUUAUUUAAUUUAAUUAAUUUAAUUAAAGAUCUAUAAAAAAUAAUGUGCUCCUGAUUUAUUCAUGCACCGAUAUUAAUGAUUGUAGAUGUCAAUGAAUGCCUGUCAUCUCCAUGCGGAAAUAACGCAACAUGUAAUAAUACAGAAGGAUCAUUUAACUGUUUCUGUAAACAAGGUUUCGAAGGGGAUGGAUUGAAUUGUUCAGGUAAGAUCGUGCUUGCCCUUUUUAAUUUUUCAAUCCAAUUAGUGUUCCGGAAUUAUUGAAAAAAUCACAUCAUUUUGAUCAGUUUCUGUGUAUACUCACCCUUCCUCAUUUAAGAAGCUACAUUUUCCAGUAAGUUUUUAUAUUAGGACAUCAGAUAACUCUAAUAUACAAACAAAGCCAUAUAAAAUCUUCAGAGAUGUCUCACCGGCUUCUCAGUUUAUUUUAAUUAAUUUAAAAAAUCUUGAAGAAUCUUAUAAAAUAUUAAAAAUCUUCGGAAAGAUUUAAUCGAUUUCUCCGUUCAAUUGAAUUAGUUAAUUUAAUUAUAGACCAAUUAACACUAUUAUGUGCUCCUAAUUUAUUCAUGGACGUUAAUGAUUGUAGAUGUCAAUGAAUGCUUAUCAACUCCAUGCGGGUAUAGCGCAACAUGUAACAAUACAGUAGGAUCAUUUAACUGUUCCUGUAAACGAGGUUUCGAAGGGGAUGGAUUAAAUUGUUCAGGUAAGGUAGUGCUUUAGCCCUCUUCAAGUUGCGUUUCAAUUAGUCUUCCUGAAUUGUUAAAAAAAUCACAACAUUUAGAUUAGUCUCUGUGUAGACUCACCCUUCCUGAGUUAAGAAGUUACAUUUUCAAGUAAGUUUUUAUAUUAGGAAACCAGAUGACCCUAAUAUUCGAACGUACCGAUAUAAAAUCUUCAGAAAUGUCUUGCCGACUUCUCAGUUGAUCCUAAUUAAUUAAAAAAUGUUCAGAAAUUUUAUAAAAUCUCAUAAAAUCUUUAGAAAUGUUUUACCGACUUCUCAGUUUAAUUAAAAUAUUUAUUAACGAUCAAUUAACAAUAAUAUGCUCCUGAUUUGUUCACCGACAUUAAUGAUUGUAGACGUCGUUGAAUGCCUGUCAUCUCCAUGCGGAAAUAAUGCAACAUGUAAUAAUACAGAAGGAUCAUUUAACUGUUUCUGUAAACAAGGAUUUCAAGGGCAUGGAUUCAAUUGUUCAG